AUGGCGAGGAAAGAUUUGCGGCAUGUUUUGCUACCGGACAUUCACAAAUUAUCGUCUAAGACUCUGAAGAAAACCGAACUUUCAAAACUUCAAUCUGUGCAGUAUUCUUCGUACCAAUCGUGGGCUGUUUUGUUUGGAUGCUUAGGCUCAAAAUACAAUAGAUCCGUUGAUCUGUUGCAUCAACAGAUCUAUGCAUUCGCAUCUAUCAUCAACACUCUACUCUCAAAAAUAAUGCAGUACAUGUCUUCAAUUGUACUUACACAUGCUGUAAUUGCUUUCUAUUCUACUUAUAUUUCUGACAGGAAGAUUUGCAGAGAAAAUCGGCAGCUCAAUGCUGAUAUGAACCGCACACUUUCUCUGACAGUCUUUUGGGGACUGAAAGUGCGCUAUAAAUGCCGUUUCAUUAAAGCUGCUUAUGUUGAGUAUCUCCUCGGCAGAUAUCCAGGCGGGUUGCACAAAGUAACGGAUGAUGCAGCAUUGCUCAUACAGCGCCAUCAGUAUCAUCGCAUCAGAGGUCUAGCUGCACGUGUUGUUGUUGCUUAUGCUAGGCAGCUUUACAUGGUGGGUUCAUUUCUGUGA